GUGAAAUGGUAAAGCAGCUGUUCCCAGUGGUUUGUCUGCUGGAAAUUAUUGGACAAGGCGGGUCACAGCAACUUUUAACUUUCGACUGAAAGUGAAGCGAUAUUUCUCCAAAUAUUCACGAUCUUUCUGCGCGUAAAUGGCAUCAUCUGAAGUGGUUCGACAGAUGGACAAGAACGCCCGUCCACUGGGUUUAUCGGGCCAUGUUGGCUUUGACAGUCUGCCAGAUCAACUGGUGAACAAGUCCACUAAUCAGGGGUUCUGCUUCAACAUUCUGUGCAUUGGUGAAACUGGUAUUGGAAAAUCAACUUUGAUGGACACUCUUUUCAACACCAAUUUUGAGAAUUUCGAGUCUUCUCAUUUUGAGCCGAAGGUGAAGUUGCGAGCGCAGACGUACGAUCUUCAGGAGAGUAAUGUUCGCCUAAAGCUCACUGUGGUUAAUACUGUUGGAUUUGGAGAUCAGAUGAACAAGCAGGAAAGUUACCAGCACAUUGUGGAUUACAUUGACACUCAGUUUGAAUCGUACUUACAAGAGGAGUUGAAGAUCAAACGCUCUCUUCAUAACUACCACGACUCCAGAAUCCACGCGUGUCUCUAUUUCAUCGCGCCCUCCGGACACUCGCUCAAAUCCUUAGAUCUGGUCACCAUGAAGAAGCUGGACAGUAAGGUCAACAUCAUUCCCGUCAUCGCUAAAGCCGACACCAUCUCCAAGAGCGAGUUACACAAAUUUAAGAUCAAAAUUAUGAGCGAACUUGUCAGCAAUGGCGUGCAGAUUUACCAGUUUCCAAUCGAUGAUGAAACGGUGGCGAAGAUCAACACAGCAAUGAAUGGUCAUCUUCCGUUCGCUGUUGUUGGGAGCACAGAGGAGGUGAACAUCGGAAACAAAAUGGUGAAAGCGAGACAGUAUCCCUGGGGAGUUGUGCAGGUGGAGAACGAGAAUCACUGUGACUUUGUGAAGCUUCGUGAGAUGUUGAUCUGCGUGAACAUGGAGGAUCUUCGUGAACAGACGCACACGCGGCAUUACGAGCUCUACAGACGCUGUAAACUGGAGGAGAUGGGCUUUAAAGAUACAGACCCAGAGUGCAAACCUGUCAGUCUUCAACAGACGUAUGAGGCGAAGCGGCAGGAGUUUCUGGGCGAGUUACAGCGGCGUGAGGAGGAAAUGAGACAAACGUUUGUCCAGAGAGUGAAAGAGAAAGAGGCCGAGCUUAAAGAUGCUGAGAGAGAGUUGCAAGGGAAGUUUGAGCAGCUGAAGCGACUGCAUGCAGAGGAGAAGAGCAAACUGGAGGACAAACGCAGGAGUCUGGAGGAGGAGAUGAGCGUGUUCAACAAACGCAAAGCUGCAACGGAGCUGCUGCAGGCGCAGUCCUUCAACGCCAGCACCAACAACAAGAAAGACAAAGAUCGCAAGAACUCUGGAUUCAUGUGACGAGAGAGAUGACCUUGAGCCUGAUUCACUACUUUAAGCCAUCGUGGAAUUGUUACGGUUCAUAAAUGAAAUAUUGAUGCGCAGAUGUGUUAUCAUGUUUUUAAUGUACAUUG